UCGCCGACCAGGACGCAACAUGGCUCCGACCUGGAGGACCGCGGCGCUGGUGCUGCUCGUGGCGACCAACUGCGUCUUCGCGGAGCCACCGCCCUCGUCCAGUUAUGGCGCUCCCGGCCUGGACAGCUACAGCAGCGGCGGAGGCGGUGACUUCGGCGGCGGUGGCGGAGGCGGCCACGGCGGCAUCGGUGACUUUGGCGACGGAGACUUCUCUGGCGGGCACAGCAGCGGAGGUGGCGGCCUGAGCUCCAGCUACGGCGCUCCGUCGUCGAGUUACGGAGCUCCAUCGUCUAGCUAUGGCGCCCCGUCUUCCAGCUAUGGCCCUCCGUCGUCAAGCUACGGUGCCCCCAGCGGGGGCGGCCACGGCGGUGGACACGGUGGUGGCCACGGUGGCGGCCACAGCAGCGGCCCCAGCAGCAGCUAUGGGGCUCCAUCAUCGUUCAGCGGUGGCCACGGCGGUCACGGUGGCGGCAGCAGCUUCGGCGGCAGUUUCGGCGGUGGUAAGGGUGGAUUUGGCGGUGGUCUGAGCAGCAGCUACGGACCCCCCAGCAGCCAUGGACCACCCAGCAGCAGCUAUGGACCUCCCAGCAGCAGCUACGGACCCCCCAGCAGCAGUUAUGGUGCUCCCAGCUUCAGCAGCUUCAAGCCCAGCAGCGGUGGAUUCAGCAAGAGGCCCAGCAGCAGGCCCAGCAGCAGCUAUGGACCCCCAAGCAGCAGCUACGGACCUCCCAGCAGCAGCUACGGACCUCCCAAGGGCUUCAGCUCUUUCAAGGGCGGUUUCGGUGGCUCUAAGGGCUUCAAGGGCGGCCACAGCGGAUUCAGCAGCUUCAGCUCGGGUGGUCACGGCAGCAGCGGAGGAUUGAGCUCCAGCUACGGUGCCCCUUCAUCGAGCUAUGGCCCACCCUCGUCCAGCUACGGCCCACCGUCCUCUAGCUACGGUGCUCCGUCAUUCAGCUCAGGUGGUUUCGGUUCCGGUGGCCACGGCUCUGGUGGCCACAGCUUCGGCGGUCACAGCUCCGGUGGCCACAGCUCCGGUGGGCUGAGCUCCAGCUACGGUGCCCCUUCGUCCAGCUUCGGCUCCGGCGGUCACAGCAGCUUUGGGUCCAGUAGCUUCAGCUCUGGAGGACACGGUAGCAGCCUGAGCUCCAGCUACGGUGCCCCGUCCUCAAGCUACGGUGCCCCGUCGUCAAGCUACGGUGCUCCCUCCUCCAGCUACGGCGCUCCGUCGUCCUCCAGCCAUGGGUCUUCAAGCUUCGGGGGCAGCCACGGGUCCUCCAGCUUUGGGGGCAGCCACGGGUCCUCCAGCUUUGGGGGCAGCCACGGGUCCUCCAGCUUCGGUGGCAGCCACGGGUCAUCGAGCUUCAGCGCCCCGUCGUCGAGCUACGGAGCGCCCUCGUCAAGCUACAGCGCCCCGUCGUCCAGCUACGGCGCCCCGUCAUCGAGCUAUGGUGCCCCGUCGUCAAGCCACAGCUCCUCCAGCUCCAGUAGCCACGGCUCCAGCUUCAGCUUCAGCCCGUCCACUUCCAUCAGCUUCGGCAGCAGCCAUGGCAGCAGCCACGGAGGCAGCGGUCUGAGCUCUAGCUAUGGUGCCCCUUCGUCCAGCUACGGCGCACCCUCGUCCAGCUACGGAGCCCCCUCGUCCAGCUACGGUGCCCCCUCCAGUGGCAGCAGCAGUUACAGUUCUGCCGGUGCUGACAGCUACUCUUCCCCUGGUGCCAGCUCAGGAGGACCAUACGCGUAGACUGCGACUGGAACCCCGUGCAAGCAGCUAUCCCAAAGAUCUCAGCAUGAACUUCUGAUUUGUGUGCUGUGCCGUUCGUUGGUUAAACGUUACAAAAGAUGAGAACGAGUACAAGUGUGCCACCCUUCUCCAAACUGUCACGAAUAUUUAUUAUUGUCUAUAGUUUUAAUGUGGCACACUGUACUUGCUGAAAAUUGUGUAAGUCAGGAACUUGUCGCAGGAUGUGUCAAAACAUGUGAUCGUAAACAAAAUAAAUAUUUUUUUAUAACUCUC